AUGGAGGCGGAGGCGGCGGCGCUAUCGCAACUGCAGCUGCAGCUCCUUGCCCUCGUCUCCGAGCUCCGGCUCACCCGCGAGCGGGAGCGGGCCGCGCGGGAGGAGCUCCACGCGUCCAGCGAGAGGUGGAAGGCGGCGGAGGAGGAGCGCAGGAGGGAGGCUCGGGAGCUGCGGGCGGAGUUGGCGGCGCGGGACGAAGCGCUGCAAAGGCUCGAGUCCAGGGUGAAGUGCCUUGAAAAUGAAAAUGAGCUGCUGGAAAGAAACGAAAAGGAUUUGAAAGAAAACAUAGAGAGACUGCUUCAAUCAAGGGAGGCAUUCAUGAGACAGUACGAGGACUCUGCUUGUUCUCUGCAAUGGACCAUCCAGAUGAGGGAUAAACAGAUUACCGUAAUUUCAGAAAAGCUGAAUUCCCAUCUGGCUUUGUUUAAUUCAGUAGGAAAGGAAGUUGCUGCGGUAAAACAAGUACUAGGUGACGUGGAAUGCCUAGUUGGUGAGAAGGAAAAUGUAGUCUCUGAUUUGAAGUGUAAGGUCCAAAGGAUUUCUGUACUCGAGAAAGAUUUUGUUGAGAAACUUAGUUUCUUGGGAGAUAAAAUUACUAGUUACCAGCUCGAACUUCGAAAUAGGGCGAGGAUCAUAUAUGGAUUGAAGGAGCAACUUGACGCUGAGAAGCUUAAAAACAAUUUUCAUCCCCAGCUAGAAGAACUUAAGAAAUCUCUGCUGGUGAAGGAUGAAAUUAUCGAGAGGUUGAUUUCAGAUAAGCAGGAAAUGCUUGUGGAGCUUCACAACAUGGAAACUGCUCUACAGAAAUUUCAAGACAUAUUCAGCAGGCUUGGGCAUGAGGAAAUGAAAAGUUCUCUGCCAGUUUCUGAAAGUCAGGAUUGUAAAGUAGAUAGCAUUCCAGGUAGUCAAGUUGAUCUUCCUAAUGAGGAUAGGAUGAUACCCAUAAUUGAUGAAACAGCCAAUGCAAAUGUAGAAUGUAAGUCGGAAAUUGACACUGGCAGCAAUCAAGUACAGAGCCCACCGUCCCUUAAGCAUUAUGCCUUGCCAUGUUCAGAACCUGUAACUGCAAAUGUUGAAAAAUCUGAGUGCCCUCCUGAAUCCGAAGACAUUGAGAUGGGCAAUUCAUCUCCCGAACAGCAAACACAUUCUGCGAAUCCAGACCCUGAGGUAGAAAAUCAGUCCUGA